AUGGGAAAGCCAAAGCGCACGAGCGAGGUAUUUGCAUCAUCGGCCGAGAAAGAUGCCAAUAUCACAACGGUGACUGCGACUCCGCCAUACUCGAGCGAGGGACCUACACUUCCCAUCAUCGGGGUACUAGAUGACGCGUUGAAAGCCGACGGAGCCAAAGUCGCAGGCAACAAGCGGAAAGCGCAAGAAAGUGUCAAUGGUAUAGCGCCCAAGAAACAAUCGCAGCCACCAUCUCCGCCCACAAUCCACUCAUCACUCUAUGAGCCAUGGACACGGCUGCCUUCCGAGCUACGUAAAAUUCCUGAGGUUCAAAAGCGUAUACGAAUCGCACAGAACAUCGUGCCAGUCGUCUUCUCCAAAAAUCAGAACGUCAAGUCUGGGAUCAACCGACUGAAGACAUACUUAGGUGCCUACAGAGACACUGCGUCUACGAUUGAGAUGCCGGAUGCAUUAAGAGAGGACGACCUGGUUAUAGCCGUUUCGGCGCAGGGCGAGGGCACAACGAAACUAGUAGGCAUUGUGGACAUGGUCCGACGGAUUGUAGCGCCAAGUGGGACAGAGCAUAACAAGAAUGCGAAAGAGGUGUGGUGGAUGUACACUAUGCUUACUUGUGUGGAUAUCGAUCGAGAAGUAAAGGAGUCGAUACCAGCGGACGAGGAUAAUACAGACGCCGAGAGGACCCAGAGUACACAGGAGGAGGCUUUUGAGCCCACGAACCUUGACAGGCAGUACGCACGAAGGCCAUCGACUGGAAAUAGCACCGUGCAGAGGAGGACAGUCCCUGUGCUAACGGUUUGGAUGACUAAGAAGCGGAUACCCGUUUUCCAGACCGCCUUUAGGGAGCAGACUUUCACCGUGCAAUUACUGCUCAAACACUCGAACUGA